AGAGUCAGAAACGGUAAUAUCUGAGAUUGCCAACAAAGCAAGAUGGCUUCUCAUAAUCCAAACAUGCAGGAUUCAAGUCAAAGUUUUGCUCUAGAUCUUGGAGUUGGUGACUCUGGAUCUCAGUCUGCUUAUCCAGUGAAACCUAGUCAAUAUGCUGCUACUCUAGAGAGUCCAACUAAAUAUGCCAUAUCCCAGGAUGAAUUCCAAUUUGUGCCAUCAAAUGUUGGGUCGUCAAUGACAGAAUCUGAUAUGGCUGGCUCCAUGGAAGUCCCUGGCCAAGCCAAUACAUCUUAUGAUGCCAAGAAUCCCGACAGCAGUGGCUUUGUCAGAAACAGAGGUACAACGUCGCAAUAUCUGGACGCCAAGGGCUUUGGAUGGUUACUUGAAGUGGAGGAUGAUCAUGAUGACGACGUGCAGAAACCUUUACUGGAGGAGUUGGAUAUAGAUCUGAAGGAUAUCUACUACAAAGUGCGAUGUGUCCUGUUCCCACUACCACAGCUUGGCUUCAACAGACAGAUCGUGAGAGACAACCCUGACUUCUGGGGACCUCUCAUCGUUGUUCUGCUGUAUUCUUUACUCUCAUUGUAUGGACAGUUUAAGGUUGUGUCAUGGAUCAUCACGAUCUGGGUGUGCGGUUCGUUCAUCAUCUAUCUUCUGGCCCGAGCCCUAGGAGGUGAAGUGACAUACUCGCAGUGUCUCGGUGUUAUUGGAUACUCCCUCUUACCCCUCAUCAUAACGGCGACAAUGUUACCACUUGUGCACUCGUUUGUUUAUAUUGGAUAUCUAAUAAAGUUACUUGGAGUUAUCUGGGCAAGUUACAGUGCAGGAUCGUUACUCUGUGUUCAAGAAUUACAACAAAAGCGUCCAUUGCUAUUUUACCCAGUAUUUCUUUUGUACAUUUACUUCUUUUCUUUGUACACGGGUGCGUAAUGGACUUUCGUGUGUGCAUAGGAGACUUUUAUAGAACAAAUUGUGUCCCAGUCAUAUUGUUAUUGCUAAGAGGCCAUGGGUCAAAAUCAGGGGCUAGUCUUUGAAUUGGUGACAAAAUUUUGGGGAUAGAGUAUGAAUGCUAUUGCAAAAAGUAAGGUGCCUACUUCACAUGAACAAAAGUUUAUGCAAAGAAAGAUGUACUUUAGCCAGAUAUGUUGACAUUAGUAACUAGAAAAUAAUUUCAACUGCUGUAUAACUGAUAGAAAGAUUUUAGUUCAAGAGUUUCCUCCUAGGUGGCAGUUCUAAAGGACGUAGGUUUGGCCACCUAGGAGUGUAGUGAUGAACUAGAAUAACUGCAUUUGGCAUUGGAUAUUCUCAUAAAGACAGUAUGUUUGGUUAUCGAGCCACUUUUUGGUGAGAACUUUAUAAUCAUGUGAUGUUAUCACCUAAUUCAUCAUGAAAGGAGCAUUUUUACUUUGCCCCUGAAUGACAGCUUUUGGUUUUGGCCCACAGCCUAGUAGUGUUUUUGGUCAGCAAGAAAUGAUCGUCGAGGAAUUGACCAAGAAGGUUUGCCAAUGUAUUAAGUAAAGAGAACUACCCGCUGAUAUAAACAUGCAAUAAAUGAUAUUGUAUUGGGUUUAAAGUAUGGAAUGUCUGCCUGUCUAAAUGGGGAUUCCUGGUUCAAAUGUAGGCAAACUGUUAGGGUCAUCAGUUUUCAGUUGCUGCUUCCAUUUUCCAUUCUAGGAGUGUAGACAUUCCUCAAUUCGUCUCUUGACCACCCGAGAAUUAUUGGGGCCUCAGCACGGACCAGCACAGUGUCUACUCUUUUGCAUGAGCUGAUACACUAUGCACUGCAGCACCUUUCCAUGGCCAAUCUGGGUGUCUAUAUACAGUAGAACCUCUCUUAGCAGACACCUCUCUAUUAAGGACAACCUCUCUAUUAAUGACACUAGUUUUGGUCCCAGUUUGGUUGUUUCCAAUCAAUUUGACCUCUCGUAUCAGGACACCUCUCUAUUAAGGACAGCACUUGUCAGUCCCGAGGGUGUCCUUUAUAGAGAGGUUCUACUGUGUACCCUAAGCACUACAAGUUGCUGCACAUCUCAGCUGGGCAAUAAAAUAUGGUAACCGGAAAAACGCCGACCGACCGACCGACCGACCGACCUACUCGCCGACUCUGACAACCUCACUUACGGCAUCCCAUUCGCGCCUCAUAGCCCGGUAACCGGAAAAACGCCGACCGACCGACCGACCGACCGACUGACCUGCCAACCUACCGUCAUAGUGCAGUAUCCCUUUCGCUUCUCUAUAGCACAUGUAUCUGUGUAGUGCCCAGCGCAAUGGACGUGAUGGAGUCCGACGUGUCUGACAGCAGCAUCUCCAGUCAAUUAUACCGGGAAAACGAGCCCACGCGGUAAGGAACUGAUAACGAUACUCUAAAGAUAUGCUUUGUCUACAUGGUCGGUGGAUAUAAAAACAUGAUUUGGGCCUAAUCUAUGCACUGUAGUUUUUCUACUCGAGUGUCUCGACCGAUGCAAUGCAUGAACUGCAACGCGCAACAUGCAUUUGUUGUCAUUUGACCAGCGCACGUGCGCUUGUUUACAAUUUCAUUUCACGUGACCUGCUAUCGUGGAUUGGAUAUAUCACAUUGACUUAUGAGACCUGUGACUCAACUACGAAACUCCUUGGGUUGGUAGGUCGGAAGGUUGGUCGGUCAGUCGGUCGGUCGGUCGGCGUUUUUCCGGUUACCAUAAAAUAUGACUUGGUUUGUGAUGUGUAGGGGGAAGAGGAGGCUAAUGUAUCUUUUGUUUUGUACAGGUAAACUGAUACCUUUAUACCCUGUGUAGGCGAUACAUGAAAUGUAUAGGUUCUUGGCGUCUGUUACUGACAUUCUUAGACUGGUGGUUACUUCAUGUUCCUGAGGAUGAUAUUUAUUAAUAAAAUGCGUAUA